AUGGGAGUUAUUGCCAAAGAAGUGAAAGCAAUGUCUCAAAACGAGAUUUUGGAGUUUGAGAAAGUUGGUGAACUUACCAUAAAGAUGCACUGCCUAAAGCUAACUGACAUCAAGGUUCGUCGGGAAUUCAAACGUCCUGAUGCCUUGACCGAGAAGGAAAUGGAUGCUGCUGGAGAUGGUGAUGUACUAGUUGUUUUGGAUUUACGGCCAGAUGAGUCCUUGUUUGAGGCUGGCUUUGCUCGCGAGGUGGUCAACAGAAUCCAAAAACUAAGGAAAAAGCUUGCGCUUGAUCCUACUGAUGCUGUGGAUGUUUACAUUGAAUCCUUGAAGGAGAACUCAACCCUGCAGCGAGUUCUCGAUUCACAGAUAAGGGUAGAUUCCAUUGAGAAUCUGCCUCCUGUGGAGCUAGAGUUGGGAAGGCACUUUCACUUGAACGUAGGAGAUCACUUCGUGGCUACAAGAAUGCAACUUGGCUGA